AUGGUGGACGUUGCUUCAACGAUAGCUGGGCUUGUGACAACGACCAUGAGCUCGUUGGACACUUUCCAAGUAAGGAAUUGGAUUUUUUUUUAUCUCUGUUAACGUAGAUUAGAAGGAUAACAUUUGAUUUAUGUUAACAUUUGCCAAAUGGAAAAUAUGUGAUAUGUUUUGGUUGUUUUAUUAAUUCUGGGCUCUUUCUGAAAGCGAUUUUUUAACUUAAAGGGUCAGAACUUCUUGAAAAAACGCAUAUGUCACUAUUGACCAAUGAUAUUAUGAUUAAAAUAACGGUGUUUAUAUACUAAAUUUAAUAUGUAAGCUGUUAAUAAUCUCAAUUUUGAUAAAGUGUAUUAAACACCUUAUUUUAGUUUGUAAAUUAACCAUCUUAUUUUAGUCCCACGCCCUAUGGAUCCUAAUUGUCGGAGCUAUCUUCGCCUUCUGUCUCGGCUUCUCUCUUGGAGCCAAUGAUGUCUCCAACGCCUUCGGAACCUCAGUUGGAUCAAAAGUUUUGAAAAUCCGUCAAGCCUACAGUUUGGCCACGGUUGUAGAGGCAGCUGGUGCUAUUUUAAUUGGAUAUAAUGUGGUGGACACGAUGCGAAAAGGCGUAGUUGAUGUGAACAUCUACGAAGGUGAAGAAUAUACUUUUUUGGUUGGUCAACUUGGAGUGUUGGCUGGAUGUGCAACAUGGCUAAUGAUUGCUACCGGCUUGGAUUUGCCAGUAUCUUCUUCACACUCAAUUGUCGGAUCUACUCUAGGCUUCUCAUUGGUAUUAAAAGGUACUCGCGGAAUCGACUGGUCGGUUGUGUACCGUAUUAUGGCUUCAUGGGUCAUCUCACCAGUGUUGUCGGCCUGCAUUUCUGGUGUGAUGUAUAUCUUGCUUGAUAUCACAGUGUUAAGAAGGAAGGAUGCCUUGAAGAAUGGGUUGAUCUUGUUGCCAUUCUUCUAUUUCUUCUGUAUCGCCUUCAACACCUUCAACGUUGUUUUUCAAGGGUCAAAGAUCUUGGGAUUGGAGUCCGUUGACUUGGUUUGGGCUUUGAUUAUUUCGGCUAUUGCUGGUGGUUUGGCUGCUUUGUUCUGCCAAUUUGUUUUGAGACCAAUGUUGCUCAAUUACAUCAACAAGGACGACAAGCCACAAUCUAGUAAGUGGUUUAUUUUUAAAAAUUGGAAAUUUUUUUUGAAAAUUUGUUUGAAGUUUCAAAGAAGUUUAUUAUUGAUUUUAAAGUUGAGCGGUUUUUUGCGUUUUAGCGUGGGGGUGGGGGACGAAAAUAAAAAAACUUUUUUUAAAUCAACAGUGGGGACCAAGUUUAACCUUUCCAAAAACUAUUUUAAACUUUUUUCAUUUUACUUUCAGAAGCCACUGUAGUCCCAAUAGACAACGAUAUAGUAAAACCCACGCCCAUUGACACUUCUGAUGCCACCCUCCCAGUCAACGCCGUGCCAGAAGAGCAGAAGUUCAGUUUCUCUCCAAAAGGCUUCGUCAAAUGGCUGUUGCCAGCUAAACAUCGUGAAGAAGAUCCACAUGCUCUUCGUCUCUUCUCCACCAUCCAAGUCUUCACAGCUUGCUUCGCUGGCUUUGCUCACGGUGCGAACGAUGUAGCGAAUGCUAUUGCUCCGUUGGCUGCGAUGUUAUCCGUGUAUCAGGAAGGAACGGUGAAGCAGGAGAACCCAGCCUCAAUCUGGGUAUUCGUCUUUGGUGUAACUGCGAUUGUCAUUGGCCUAUGGGUAUUGGGACAUCGUAUCAUCAAAGUUGUGGGCACCAAAAUGUCUCACGUACAUCCGGCUUCUGGCUUUACGAUCGAGUUUGGAGCAGCCGUGACCUCGAUCUUGGCCUCAAAACUGGGACUGCCAAUCUCAACCACACACUCACUUAUCGGCUCAGUUGUGGCUGUUGGUACCAUCAAAUCGGGUAAGGGUGUGAACUGGCGUGUCUUCGGCUCCAUUGCCUUGUCAUGGCUACUGACUCUACCUGUCACUAUCGGUAUUUCUGCUCUUAUCACGUAUUUAUUGACAUUGGUUGCUUAA